AUGGCAACCACCGGAAGUGCCGCUGUCUCCCGGAACGCGGGGCGGCCCCGCGAGCACCGCAAGCACCGGCACCGCGGCGGGGAGCGGCGCGGGAAGCGCAGCCGCUCCCGGGGCGAGCGCGGGGGCUCCGGGGGAGGCUCCGGUUCCUCCCGGCGCGGAGGAGCCGAGGAGAGCGGGAGGAGCGGCCAUGGCCGGGGCGGCUCCGAGAGCGAGCGGAGAGCGAAGAGGGAGAGGAAGGAGGAGCGGGAGGAGCCCGCCCCUCCUAAAUCCGCAGCAGGCGAAUCCUCCCUGAGCGUGGAAGAAACCAAUAAGCUCCGGGCCAAACUGGGACUGAAACCGCUGGAGACCGGCCCGGCCAAGAAAGAGGCGGGCACCAAGGAGGAGCCGGUGGCAGCCGAGCUGAUCAAUCCCCUGGCGCUGCGGCAGCGCGAGGAGAUCCGUGAGAAGCUGGCGGCGGCCAAGGAGAAACGGCUGCUGAACCAGAAUUUGGGGAAGGUGAAGACGCUGGGGGAGGAGGAACCCUGGCUGGACGAUGCGGCCGCGUGGAUCGAGCGCAGCCGGGCGCUCCAGAGGGAGAAGGAGCUGGCAGAAAAAAGGGCCAAGCUGCUGGAGGAGAUGGACCAGGAGUUCGGGGUCAGCCCCUUGGUGGAGGAGGAGUUCCAGCGGCGCCGGAGGGAGCGGUACAGUGCCCGGGACCUGCAGGGGCUGACGGUGGAGCACGACCCGGCCUCGAUCCCCGAGGGAGAGGAGCAGGAGCAGCGGCGGCGCCGCCCCAACUACGACCCCUACGGAGAGCAGGAGCCCGCGCCCGGCUCCCAGGUACCCGGCGUGGGGUAUCGCGACAUGCCAAUCGCGAUAUAUCGGUCGAUACUGCGUCACGCGGCUCGAUAUCGCGGUUUGUCGCUCGAUAUCACGAUACAUCGUUCGGUAGGACGAUACGUCGUUGGGUAUCGCGAUAUAUCAGUCGGCGUCACACCCCCCGAGGGGACCCCCCAGGCCCCGCUGCCCUCGGACGACACCCGCACGGAGAACAUGGACAUCAGCAGCGACGAUGAGGUUGCCCCCCCCGGGACCCCCCCAGCCCUGGAGGAGGAUGAGGCUGAGCAGGAGCUGCAGCAGCAGCUGGAGCGGGGCCGGCGCCUGCGGCAGCUGCGGGAGCUGCGUGAGGGAGGGGGAGAGAAGUUUUCAGCCUCGUCCACCACGAUCCUGGACGAGGAGCCCAUCGUGAACCGGGGCCUGGCGGCGGCGCUGCUGCUGUGCCAGAACAAAGGGCUGUUGGAGACCACGGUGCAGAAAGUGGCGCGAGUGAAAGCCCCGAACAAAUCCCUGCCCUCGGCCGUGUACUGCAUCGAGGACAAGAUGGCCAUCGAUGACAAGUACAGCCGCCGGGAGGAGUUCCGGGGCUUCACGCAGGAUUUCAAGGAGAAGGACGGCUACCGGCCCGACGUCAAGAUCGAGUACGUGGACGAGACCGGCCGCAAGCUCACCCCCAAAGAGGCCUUCCGGCAGCUCUCCCAUCGCUUCCACGGGAAGGGCUCGGGGAAGAUGAAGACGGAGAGGAGGAUGAAGAAGUUGGAUGAGGAGGCGCUGCUGAAGAAGAUGAGCUCCAGCGACACCCCCCUGGGCACGGUGGCGCUGCUGCAGGAGAAGCAGCGGGCGCAGAAGACGCCGUACAUCGUCCUGAGCGGCUCCGGCAAGAGCAUGAACGCGAACACCAUCACCAAGUGAGGGGCACGGGGGACACUUGGGGACAACCUGUGACAUCCCAGGGACACCUUCGGGCCAUUGCCGGACACCCUGGGGACACUUUGGGGACACUUCAGGACACCCCUGGAGCCCUGGGGACACCCCUGGGGACACCUCUGGAACUGGGACACCCCUGGGGACACCCCUGGGGACAGCCCUGGGGACAGCCCUGGGGACAGCCCUGUCCCCCCUCCCCGUCCCUGGGGACAAUAAACCUCCGGGAGUCAC